UGUGUUGAAGGAGGCUGAGGGGCCGGGGGGAAGCGGAGAUAGCGCCUCAUAUUAUCUCGGGGAAGGAGAGGCCCGAGACAAAGAAACGGAAUCACGAAAAGAAGUUUCGAGAACCUGAGAGACGGGAAGACCGGAGAGAGGACGGAAGCUGAAAACUAGAGCGAUCGAGUGCAAGAAGAUACGGGUUCCGAGAGAGGCCCAGGGAGACCGGGAGAGAAAUGUGAUCGCACCAUGAACUUGGGAGAUAGGAAAGCAAGAUCAGAGUGGAAAUUAGGAAACGGGAAUAGAAGAGGACAAUUUAAAUGGGAGACCGACAGGCUUGUUCAUCUUAACAAAAGUUUACUAACGAAAAUGGGUUUAUUCAGGAAUAGAAAAUUGUGAUUUGGGAUAAGCAAGCUGUGGCAAAAACCAUAGGCUAGUGCAACAAAACAGAGGGAUGGUAUUUCAUGGAGAAGAAAGAAGUUGGGGGGAUUUGUGCUUAAUGAAAGCCCAUUGGAGAAAAGCAGCAUUCAAGGUCUGAAAACCCAGGAUGAACUUGUGUCCAUCCACAGGUCACUGCAGGAGUCGUGAAGUGCCCUGUGUGUCAGCAGCUCGACCCAGGUCCUGGCCGCUUGCUCUGUCAUCGCCUGUGGUGGGCCUGUGCCAUCAGUGAGGAGGGGAAUUGGCUCUUGGGAGAGGCAGCAUUCCCUUAGUGCAGGCACUGGCUUCUCAAAACUGCAGGAGGCGGCGUGGACGAGAACAUCUGGUCUCAGGGAUCAGAACGGAGGCCAGUUUUGGGACAGUGCUGUGAUUAGCCACGGCAUGCCUCCUCCCAGAGUUAAGGAGGGCAGGGGUCACCGAGACCGACCCUGGACUUCCAGUGAGGAGGAGGCCGUGAAGAAAUGGGACUGGAAUUGUCCAGAGACACGUCGCCUCCUCGGGGAUGCUUUCUUCCGUGAUGAAGAUUACAUCCGGCAGGGUUCUGAGGAGUGCCAGAAGUUCUGGACCUUCUUUGAGCGCUUGCAGAGAUUCCAGAACCUCAAGACCACCAGGAAGGAGGAGAAGGACACCAGGCAUCCUGGGCACCGCGUCCCAGCCCUGGCCGACCUACCUCGCACUUAUGACCCACGUUACCGCAUCAACCUCUCGGUCCUUGGCCCCGACACUCGGGGCUCUCAGGGGCUGGACAGGCACUUGCCCCCCGAGAGAGUGUCCGAGUUCCGCCGAGCCCUGCUGCACUACCUGGACUUCGGCCAGAAGCAGGCGUUUGGGCGGCUGGCCAAGCUGCAGCGGGAGCGGGCAGCGCUUCCCAUCGCCCAGUAUGGGAGCCGCAUCCUGCAGAUGCUGAAGGAGCACCAGGUGGUGGUGGUGGCCGGUGACACGGGCUGCGGCAAGUCCACACAGGUGCCGCAGUACCUGCUGGCUGCCGGCUUCAGUCACGUGGCGUGCACCCAGCCGCGGCGAAUCGCCUGCAUCUCCCUGGCCAAGCGCGUUGGCUUUGAAAGCCUCAGUCAGUAUGGUUCUCAGGUUGGCUACCAGAUCCGCUUUGAGAGCACGCGUUCAGCGGCCACCAAGAUCGUAUUCCUGACGGUGGGGCUGCUGCUGAGGCAAAUCCAGCGGGAGCCCAGCCUGCCGCAGUACCAGGUCCUGAUCGUGGACGAGGUCCAUGAGCGGCACCUCCACAACGACUUCCUCCUGGGCGUCCUCCGGCGUCUGCUGCCCCGGCGGCCUGACCUCAAGGUCAUCCUCAUGUCGGCCACCAUCAACAUCUCGCUCUUCUCCAGCUACUUCGGCAGCGCCCCCGUGGUGCAGGUGCCGGGGAGGCUCUUCCCCAUCACGGUUGUGUAUCAGCCACAGGAGGCGGAGCCAACAACGUCCAAGUCGGAGAAGCUGGACCCACAGCCUUUCCUGAGGGUACUGGAGGCCAUUGACAAUAAGUACCCACCCGAGGAGCGGGGUGACCUUCUCGUCUUCCUCAGCGGCAUGGCAGAGAUCGGCGCCGUGCUCGAGGCCGCCCAGACCUACGCCAGCCACACCCAGCGCUGGGUGGUGCUGCCUCUGCACAGCGCCCUGUCUGUGGCCGACCAGGACAAGGUGUUUGAUGUGGCCCCCGCUGGAGUCCGGAAAUGCAUCCUCUCCACCAAUAUUGCCGAGACCUCAGUCACCAUUGAUGGGAUCCGCUUUGUAGUAGAUUCUGGGAAGGUGAAGGAGAUGAGCUAUGACCCCCAGGCCAAACUGCAGCGGCUGCAGGAGUUCUGGAUCAGUCAGGCCAGUGCUGAGCAGCGCAAGGGCCGGGCGGGCCGCACGGGGCCUGGCGUCUGCUUCCGCCUCUAUGCCGAAUCGGACUACGAUGCCUUCGCCCCCUAUGCUGUUCCGGAGAUUCGGCGGGUAGCCCUGGAUGCGUUGGUGCUGCAGAUGAAGAGUAUGAGUGUGGGGGAUCCCCGAACCUUCCCCUUCAUCGAGCCCCCCCCACCAGCCAGCCUGGAAACAGCCAUCCUCUACCUCCGGGACCAGGGAGCCUUGGACAGCUCAGAAGCCCUCACGCCCAUUGGGUCCCUGCUGGCCCAACUGCCCGUGGAUAUUGUGAUUGGGAAGAUGCUGAUCCUGGGCUCCAUGUUCCGUCUGGCGGAGCCCGUGCUCACCAUCGCGGCCGCCCUCAGCGUCCAGUCCCCCUUCACCCGCAGCGCCCAGAGCAACCUGGAGUGUGCGGCUGCCCGGCGGCCCCUGGAGAGUGACCAGGGUGACCCCUUCACACUUUUCAAUGUCUUCAACAACUGGGUGCAGGUGAAAUCUGAACGGAGCAGAAACUCUCGCAAGUGGUGCCGCCGCCGGGGCAUAGAGGAGCAUCGGCUGUACGAGAUGGCCAACCUGCGGCGCCAGUUCAAGGAGCUGUUGGAGGACCAUGGGCUGCUGGCUGGCGCCCAGGCCCCGAAGCCAGGAGACAGCUACAGUCGGCUGCGGGAGCGCCGGGAGCGCCGGGCGCUGUACCAGCUGAAGCGCCAGCACGAGGAGUGCGGGGCGCGCCGGCGCAAGGUGCUGCGGCUGGAGGAGGGCCAGGCCAGCGGCUCCAGCGAUGAGGAGUGGGGCAGCGCGGCCUCCCGAAGGGCCGGCGACCAGGUGGACAUCCAGGAUGUGAAGUUUAAGCUGCGGCACAACCUGGAGCAGCUGCAGGCAGCUGCCAGCUCGGCCCAGGCCCUGAGCCGAGACCAGAUGGCCCUGCUCAAGCUGGUGCUGGGCCGGGGCCUCUACCCCCAGCUUGCCGUCCCAGACCCGUUCAACAGCAGCCGCAAGGACUCGGACCAGAUUUUCCACACCAAGACUAAGCAGGGUGCUGUGCUGCACCCCACCUGUGUCUUCGCCAGCAGCCCUGAGGUGCUGCACCCACAGGAGCAGGAGGCCAGGGGCAGCGAGGGGAGCCGAGAUGACAAGGACAAGAUGAGCAGCCAGCACCAGCUCCUCACCUUCGUGUCCCUGCUGGAGACCAACAAACCAUACCUGGUGAACUGCGUCCGCGUCCCCGCCCUCCAAUCCCUCCUGCUGUUCAGCCGGUCCCUGGACACCAAUGGUGACUGUUCCCGCCUGGUGGCUGACGGCUGGCUGGAGCUCCAGCUUGCCGACAGCGAGAGUGCUGUCCGGCUCCUGGCGGCUUCUCUGCGGCUCCGGGCCCACUGGGAAAGUACCCUGGACCAGCAGCUGGCCCAUCAGGCCCGACGGCAGCUGGGGGAGGAAGAGGAGGAGGCGGCUCCAGUCAGCCUCAGGGAGGUGGCAGCUCUGAGCAAGGAACUGCUGCAGUUCACGGCAUCCAAGGUGCCCUACAGCCUCCGGCAGCUCACAGGGCUGGAAGUCCAGAAUCUCUAUGUGGGACCUCAGACUGUCACGGCUGCCCCCAGCCUCCCUGGCCUCUUUGGCAGCUCUGCCCUGUCUCCCCACCCCACCAAAGGGGGCUACGCAGUCACCGACUUCCUCACCUACAACUGCCUCACUAGCGACACAGACCUGUACAGUGACUGUCUCCGCACCUUCUGGACCUGUCCGCACUGCGGCCUGCACAUGCCCCUGACGCCGCUGGAGCGUAUGGCCCACGAGAACACCUGCCCUGAGGCCCCGGAGAAUGGUUCCCCAGGGGCUGAGGACACCGCCCCUGAGCCCCUCCAGAAGGUGUCUGCCCUGCAGAGGCCCUACCAUUGUAAGACCUGCCAGAAGGACUUCAUGUUCACACCUACAGAGGUGCUGCGGCACCGGAGGCAGCAUGUGUGAACCCAGCCGGGCUGCUCCUAGGCCAGGACCAGGACUCCCGCCUGAACCCCCAGGCUGGACUCAGAGCUGUGGUCUGGCCCCGCCCAGUGGGGAGAGGUGUGAAGAUGUGAGUAAAAUCUCAUGUACUGGCCUGGACCGCCAGGCCUACACCUGCCCCACCUGGAAGUCACUGCUGCCCCUGUGGGCCUUCCCCAGGAUCUAGCUCCCUUCCCUCCUGCUGCAGCGAGCCAUCAAGUGUCCUGGGGCAGAUGGGGAGGUAAGGCUAAGCAGGACUUCAGAUUCCAGGUACAGAAUGUCUUGGAAGACACAAACUACCAGAGCUUGCUCAAAAAGAAAUCAGUAAAUUGAGCAACUCUGUAUUCUGUUAAGGAAGUUUACUUGUAGUUACAAACAGAACAGGCGUGGAUGGGCUCACAGGUGACCUCUACCAGAUAGGGAGGAAGGACAUAAGCACCCACUCACGACGUGGAAGGGGACAUGUCUGGACUAUGAGGCCAGCAUUGCCCUCCUGCCAAAACCAGGCUAAGACAGUACAAGGAAAGAAAACUACAGGCCGGUGUCCCUUAUGAACAGAUACACAAAUCCAGCAACUCAUCUUCAGAGAUUAUAUAAAAAUAAGAGUGCAUUACAACUGAGUGGGGUUUAUUAUGCAAAGUUGGCUUAACAUUUGAAAAUCAGAGCAACUCACCACAUUAAAAACAAAAUAAAUUUGAUAAAUUUCAA